CUUAUUCUGAUGUUUUGCCCUUUAAGUAUUUGGUGCACGCAAAUGGAAUAUGUGCGGGUUAUACACUCCUAUCAGCCGUGGUCGCAGCCAUACCAAGGCCCUUCAGUAUGCCUCGUGCUUGGACCUUCUUCCUCCUUGAUCAGGUGGCAGUCAAGAUUUGGAUUUGCAUUUCGGCAUUGGGGGGAGCUAGUAAGUGUUGAUGUCAUGGAGGCCCACAAUCACAUCAUGGUUUCGCCAGUCUGAAGCAUAUGGGUCAGACUGUCGGAGUAAGGAUGUUUUUACUUGGACUGUAAUUUGCUGGUCUGGUCUGAUCUGGUCUGAACUGGUCUGGUCUGGUCUGGCAUCUCCUUCAAGUAUAGUGGGGUCUAAAUUGCGGCAUUGCUAUUUAAACCAUGCUUGCAUCUACUGCUUUGUAAUGCAACAAAUACUCCUUUCUGCCCCAUUUAUAAGUAAACCAACCUGGACAAGGCCAAAACCGAGAGUGAUGAGAAUGGAAGAAGCCUAAAUAUGCUAUGAAGAACAAGUCAAUUCGACCCCAAAACUUCUGAUGACUGUGCUGACUAGUUACUGCUGAACGGCUGAACCAGGUAAAUUGUUCUUAAGUAUUAGAUAUUGAUAUUAUGAUUACUAAGCAAUGUUCGAAAUUGCGUAUGGGGGAUAUGAGGCGUUUUCAUAGUAUGGCGUAUUUUGUAAGCGCGCAUUGAGGCGUAAUGCUGAGGUGUAAAACUCAUUUGUAGAGCAUUUGUGAAUUGAAAAUGUUAGAAGUAAUAAUAAAUAAAUGUUAAUCCAAAAUAACAAACUUCAUAAACAAACUAACAAAAAUGAGGUCAUCAACUCAUCAGAAUUGUAUGUUCAAACCUCACACACAGAACACAUUUUCUAGCUAUUAAAGUUCUAAGAUUAUGAGAUUGAUGAGUGUGACUUUGAUAGUGUGAACCACCAUCAAUAAGCUUAUUUUUGCACUGUUUUGUUUUCACUCGGCUUGGGGAGGUUCAAAGUAUCUUGUGUGUUGAGUUUUAUUAUUUAAUAUUAUUUAAUAAAUAGGUCAUAAACACAUUCAGGAUCCUGAUUAAUCAACAACCAUUAUUGAUGUAGACAAAUAUAUAAAACUGAAACAAGACAAACUGAGAACAUAUUGUUAGUUUGUUAGCAUCGUUUGUUACAAUUCAGAACAUCUUUUAUUAUAUUAAAAAAAGAGAAUAUUACUCGAAAUAGGACUAAAAAAGUUUGGAAUUUACAAAAUAGGACUGCCAUGUUUUUAUUCCCAAAAUAGGAUUAAUUACUUCCAUGUUUUGGCAGUACUAGACUUCAAACUUGACAUUACUUUCCAAACUUGGCAGUAAUUACUCCUAUUUUGGAAAUAAAAACAUGACAGUCCUAUUUUGAAAUUUUCAAACUAUUUUAGUCCUAUUUCGGGAACUUUCCCAAAUAAAAUCAAAAUCAUACCUUACCACAGAAGAUAGGAGUUUACGAUUCAGUGAGAAGGGUUUACAAAAUUAAAAGUUGAAGCAAAGGAGCUUGCGUAGGACUGCAGGAGUUUACGUGAAUGAUUGUUCGAAGGUUUUAACUUAAGCCGCGUUAUUUUCAAAAAAAAAAAAAAAAAAACUUAAGCCGCGUUGAGCCUUAUCUAGGAAUUUUUUAAAAGUAGGCCCAUCUUGUACUUUCUAAGCCUAAACCUACCUUGCCGAUAGAAGCUUGAGAGACGUACGCCUCAUAGGUGGCGGAACCAGCUCAGAGAUGUUGAAGGGGCACAUAACGAGAAAGGUAAAAUCUUCGACAACUCGACAAAGCAGACGGCUUGCUACGGCCCCGGGAAUUCCGUUCUCUGGCUAGGCGGGCGGCGGCAAGAGGAAGUACCGAAGAGGCUCUGACGCUAGAUAUAUAUACCACUAUAUUUUUUUUACAAAAGAAAAACAUCUAUGUAUUUCCGAGAGGGAACACACGAUUUACAGAACAAUCAAACAACCUAGAAAGACUAUAAUUGAACUAAGAUGAGUACAAUUAUAAAAAUAACAUUAAAAAAAACAAAUCAACAAAUCCACAAUUACAAUACAAUUAACAAUUCAUUAAACGAGAAUAAUAAUGAAUAAAGUCCACAAUAGAGAGUAAUCGACUUGCACAAAAAAAUAUAAAAUUGGAUUAAUAAUGAAUAAAUUCAUAAUAAGCUUGAACACAAAAUUUAAAAUUUUAGAAAUGGAAAUAUUAAUUAAAAAACUACACAAAUACACAAUACAUCUUAAAACUCACACAAGAUGUGAAAGGGAAAGGCGGCAAGUUACGCAGUGAGAGGAAUGAUCUUUUUAGGCCGGCCUGACAGGAUUCACCUCCAUUAGAGGUGUUUAGAUGUUGAAUUUUUUGAUUUAAUGUUGUGAGCAUGCUUUUCAUGAAGUGUAGAUUAUGUCCACCAAAUUUCAUCUUGAAAUUCAAUCGGGAUGUCAGGUAAAUAAAAUUAUUGAAAAACACUGCGCCAAAAUAUAUAUUAAAGACACAAUAUUUUUCAAUAAUUUAUUUAACUGACUUCCUAAUUCAAGUUUAAGCUAAAAUUUUGUGGAAAUAAUCGACACCUAAUAAAGAACAUGCUUACAAAUUUUUAUCAAAAAAGUACACCCGAAAGUACCUUAAAUGGAGGCACAAAACGGUGGAUCCUGUCGCGGGCCCGCGGCAGCCUAAUUGUAUAAUUCUCCAAUAUAUAUACAUAUAUAAUUAAAAAUAAAAAGUCCGUAGGGGCCCAUCACAUGUGGCCCCACACUAGUUCCAUCCGUACGCCACAUGAAGUGUCUUCUUGUGUAUCGUUAUUCAUUGCGUGAAAUGGAUGUGCCUCUUUUCGCAAAUGGAGUAAAUAUCCCUGAGGCGUGCCUUAAGGCGCAAUUGCGUUGCGCAAUUUCGAACAAAGCUAUUUAGUGAAAUGUAUUUUAUUAAUAAUAUUUUUAUUUUAACUAUUAUAUUUAUUAAUAAUUUUUAUUUUAACACAAACUAUCAAUAAUUCUUCGUUGUUAUGACAUCUUAAUUUAUGUUUUUGUAUUGAUAAGAGAGCCCAAUUUUUUAGAGAUAUUACCCGAAAUGGGACCAAAAGAGUUUGAAAAUUCUAAAAUAGGACUGUCAUGUUUUUAUUCCCAAAAUAAGAUUAAUUACUGUCAUGUUUUGGCAAUAUCAGAUUUCAAACAUGACAAUAUUUUUCAAACUUGGCAGUACUUACUCCUAUUUUGGGAAUAAAAACAUGACAGUCCUAUUUUGGAAUUUUCAAACUUUUUUAGUCCUAUUUCAGGAACUUUCCCAAUUUUUUAUCGCACAAGAUCCCCAUUUUCUUGAAAUCGGCCAUAUUAGUUGGACCCAAUGACUUUUUAAGUCAAUUCAAAAAGACAAAAUCACACUCCUAAAGCCAUAAACUAUCAGCUCCAGAGUCUGCCUCCUGAUUUAGACUCACCCAUGCAUUUGCUAGAGUUAGGGGAACCCAUAAAUCCGGCGCCGGACCUCCACUUUAUAGAUUGUGAAUUCAAAUCUUCUAAAAUAAUUGGAAGGAAGUUAUCACUUCUGGUAGUUGGUAUUGUCAUCGUUUGUCCCUGUACGUUGGAAGAGUGUGAACACCGUCGCUGAUACAUUAAACCUCUCUGUGGGAUAAAUGUUUCAAAACGUCUUUUGAAGAACAAAGAAUAUAUAGAUCAAACUAAACCCUUCACAGAGAUUGCUCGGGAGCUCUUUAAGUAUCUAUAUUUUCAAGGCGUGGGUUGGUCAUAAUAAUUAAUUGUGAUUUGUCGUUGCUUGAGAAUACAUUCAAGAGAUCAAAAUUUGACUUCAUGAUCAAGGAUAAUGAAUCAGGUGAUAUCAAAAUUCUUGAAUUCCCGCGAGCAUCGCAAGUAGUUGAUACAUAUUAUUCAUUCCGUAGAUGUGUGUUUGAAAAAGGAAAGAGAGGUAUUAAUUCUGUGAGUCUUCAGGGUUUGGCCAACCAUUUCAAGAUGUAUGCAAAACAGAAACGCAAUACUAUAUGUGAUUGUCUAUUAUUCUGUGAUAUCAUAAUGCGAUGCAGUACCGUUCUAUUCUUGGAAUUGACAUAGAAACAUUACUGUUUAGAUGCAACGAAGUAUACGUAAAAUCAAUAUGUGGAAGAUCAGUUUCUGGAAGAUCAAUAUGUGGAAGAAGUUUCUGGAAGUCGCCAAUGAAGUUAGAUUCGUCCUCUUCCAUAGAUUGAUCUUCUAGAAACUGAUCUUCCACAUAUUGAUUUUCAGUAUACUUUGCUGCAUCUGAACAGUAAUGUCUCUUUGCCGAUUCCAAGAAUAGAACGAUACUGCACCGCAUUAUGAUAUUACAGAGUAAUAGACAAUCAGAAAUAAUAUUGUGUUUCUGUUUUGCAUUCAUCUUGAAAUGGUUGACCAAACUCUGAAGACUCGCAGAAUCAAUAUCUCUCUUUCCUUUUUGAAACCCACAUCUACAUAAUGAUUAACAUCUAUCAAGCACUUUGAUAUCAUCUGAUUCAUUAUCCUUGAUCGUGAAGCCAAAUUUUGAUUUCUUGAAUGUAUUCUCAAGCAGCGGCAAAUCACAAUUAAUUAUAUUAUGACCAACCCACACUUUGAAAUGUAGAUACCCAAAGAGCCCCGAGCUAUAUCUGUGAAAGGUUUAGUUUGAUCUAUAUAUUCCUGGUUUUUCAAAAGACGUUUUGAAACAUUUUCCCCAGUGAGAGGUUUAAUGUACUAGCGGCGGUGUUCACGCUCUUCCAAUGUAUGGGGCUAACGAUGACAAUACUAACUUUCAGGAGUGAUGACUUCCUUCCAACUAUUUUAAAAGACUUGAACUCACAAUCUAUGAAAUGGAGGUCCGACGCCGGAUUUGCGGAUUCUCCUAGCUCUAGCAAAUGCAUGUGUGGGUCUAAAUCAGGAGGCAGAGUCUGGAGUUGGUAGUCCAUGACUUUAGGAGUUUGGUUUUGUCUUUUUGAGUUGACUUAAAAACCAUUGGGUCCAACUAGCAUGUUCGGUCGCAAGAAAAUGGGAUCUUGUGCGGUAACAAAAUUGUGUUUUUUUUCAAUAUAAAACAAAAAUUAAGAUGUGAUUACAGUGAAAAAUUACCGAUAGUUUGUAUUAAAAUACAAGUUACUAAUGAAUAUACUCCCUCUGUCCCCGAAAGAAGUUCCUAGUCACUAUUCAUUGGUUAACUUGAAUCACUCCUAAUCCUUUAUUUUAUAUAUCAAAUUUGAUCAAACUUAAAUUUUCUUGAUCAGGCUUUGUAGCGGUUUUAAUAUAGUUUCUGAGUAUGUAAAUUUUAUUUACUAAAAAUAAUCCGAAUGUGAACAGGGAUCGAGUUGCUUUAUCGUCAGUCAAGCAUUGUAAACCGAACGGGAACUUCUUUCGGGAACGGAGGGAGUAAUAGUUGAAAUGUUCAUUAAUAAAAUACUUUUCACGUAAUAGCUCUGUUAAUUGCGCGAUGCAAUCGCGCCUCAGGGACAUUUACUCCAUUUGCGAUAAGAGGCGUACCCAAUAAACAAUACGCGAGGAGUUCAUGAGGCGCACGGACGGAACUAGUGAGGAGCCACGAAGAUGGGCCCUUGAUUUGUGUCAUGCUAGCUUGUGCAUAGGACUUUGUACACUGCUUUAAAAAACUUGGACCGCAUUCUUCUCUACCCUUAUGGCGUCAAAAUUUCUUCUACCGUUAUAUCUUCGACAAGUUAAUUUCACAGUCAAAAUUAAUUUCUUCGCACCUUCAAUUCCCCUCCCUCACUACGUUGUCUCAAUUUCUAAAAAGCCGGCAGAAAUUCCAAUCGUCACACCCUCGAUUGGAAAACCCUUCGCUCCAGAAUCUCUAAUGUUUGUAUGAAGGGUUGAAAAACAUUAGAAUCUCUAAUGUUUGUAUGAAGGAUUGGAAAACAUUAGGAGCCCGUUUGGAGAACUCUGUUUUCGGCUUAUCAGGCUUAUCAGCCAGCUUUUUCACCAAACACGUAAGUUUUACUUUCGCGCGCUAAAUUGUGUAAUAAGCCGAAAAAGUAAGGUUGGAGUUACUUUUCUGGCUGUAUUGGCUGAAGUUACUGUAGAGGACCAUUUUAGCUAUUUUUACAUAUAAUUUUUUCUUUAAUUUAUUAAUAAAAUAUAUUUUUAAAAUAUUUUUUUCUUAAAUCAGCAGAAUCAGCCAAAACAGCCACUCCAGCCAGAAUAUCAUAAAUUUCAGCAGAAUCAGCCAAAACAGCCGAUUUUGGUGCUACCAAACGGGCUCUAGAAUCUCUAAUGUUUGUAACCGCCUCGAUCUGAAAUUAAUUGAAAAUAACGGCCUGUUUGGAUGAAGGGUUGAAAAGUGUUGGUAAGGGCCCAGAAGGGAAAAUAAGUGUAAGUGUAAACCAUAAACUUAUCUUGUUUGGGAGAGUUAAAAAAUUGAAAUGUUAAUAACAGAAGUGUUUUAAGUUAAAUUGACAAUAAUGUCAUCAUUUAAAUCCUAAAUACAAUGUUUUAUUUAAGUUAGCUAUGAACUGCACAAGUACUGGAGUACAAUACAAUAUCCAUUUGAAUGGAAAGAAAAUAAACUUGUAGUAAAAAUUAUAGAUUCUAGAUACAAUUUGAAUUCCAAAAAGAAUUUUAAAAAAGCCAUACUAUUUCAGUUUGACAAAUCAGUACCAAACGGAUAACACGAACAGAGAAGUAUGAGGCUCGUCGAGGCACUUGACCAAGGGAGCAGACGGCAUCUUCUUUUCAAUUUGCUUGCUUAUAGGGAUUUGUAAUAGUUUAUUUAUUUAUUUAUUUAUUUAUUUAUUUAUUUAUUUAUUUGUAACAUUUGUUUAGCAAAGACGAGAUAGCUACAGGAAGAAAUAUGGAAGGGUAAGAUUUGUCCAACACUCGAAAAACACUCCAAUUUGGAGUGUUAAAAAUGUUACUUAUUGGGGCGUUAGGGAGGUUUCUCGUAACACUUCUAAACACUUACUAACACUCCAAUUUUUUUAAAACAAUCUCCCAAACAGGUGUUAAGACCAACAUGCCUUAACACUUCCAUUACUAACACCCUUCAACACCUUUACCUGACCCAAACGGGCCGUAAGUGUUCUCGGGCAGUAUAAGGAUGUUUUCUUUUGGACUGUUUUCAGUCCCAGACCAGACCUAAACAGACCAGACCAGACUUCCGUAGUUAUAAAAUACACAUAGACCAGACGUCUACCAGACCAUACCAGUUCAGACCAGAUCAGCAAAUUUCAACAUCCUAAAUUUGAGCAUGACUCUUGCUCAUGGUUUCCACCUCCUCUGCCAGCCUCCUCCUCUAUCAUCGCCUGAUGCUUAUCAUUCAUAAAUGACAGGUAAGUUAUUUUCUUUUUAUGCUAAAUUUGGUUUUUAAGUCUAGCUAUUAUGCAUUCAACUUUUAUAUGAAUUGAUUUCAUACCACGACAGACAAUCUGCUCUUAAACUUGGCAGCUGCGUUUUUUUACCGUCCUUGUAUUUGCUUCCGUCCUCAUGGCUCAUCUUUUUCAGAAUUUAUCCCCCCCUUCCCCCUGCAAUUUAUUGACUGACGCAUUCCUAGAUUUUUUUUUAUCACAAUCAUAUAGUGAGUUGAACAUUCUUUUCCUUUAGCUUUGCUCCUUUGGCAAUGUCUACAAAGAGCACCUUCUUCCCUUCAGGUAUACUUUUCCCCCAAUUUUCAUGCCUUUUUUCCAAUGUCUGAUUGGGUAAUUGUAGUUAUAGAUUUAGCUAUCAUUCAUGAGCACAUGUUAUGAAUUUAAAUUAAAACAAACAUAAUAAACUGGUUUCUAUGGACUUGCAUUGUGUUUCAGAUUCAAGAAAGAUUAUUUGGAAGUGUUUGUAUCAGAUUAUUGGUGGAACUGGUUCACUUGUUCCAAAGAAACCAGUGAUUUGAGAAGAAUAUGUAUUUAAAUUUAUUUCCAAAAAUUAAAUUUUGAUUUAGUGAAAAACGUACUAGUGGUUUUGGAAGCCCAUAACUUUGAGGGUAUGUUUGGUUCAUGGAAUGUCAGAUUACCAUGAGAAUGUCAUAGAUUGAUGAGAAUGUAUCCAAUUUAUUCUUAUUCGUGUUUGGUUAAGAUUAAGAGAAUGUGAUACUAAUUUACUUGGUUGAAAGAUAUUUUAUAUUGCAAAUAUGGUAAAUUACUUCAAUGCCAUUUAAAUAUUUUAUCUUAGCACAAUAAAUCUAUUACAACCUACAUCUACUUUAAUUAAAAUUAAAGAAAAAAUGAAAUAUCUUAAUAAUAAAUAAAAUCAAACCUAAUUGAAUUAUUUUUAAAGUCAUUCAACUAUUUAACCUUCAAAACUCCUUAUUUGGAGAAACUGAAAAGAUCAGUUUUUGAAGUGUUUGCAAGUAGGCCUGGACUCGACCCGGUCGGGCCUCCGGUUCUGGAAUGGGGGGCUUGGAACCGGCCCGGGUAAUCCCCGGUUCCGGUUUGGGCCGGGCCUCGGGCCUUUGUUAAUUUUUUUUCCCUUUCCCUAGUUAACCCCAAACCCUCCCCCUCCCCCCAAACCACCCCAAAUGACCCAAAAUACCCAGCCCAACCCGGAAAGUAAAAAACAUUGAAAAAAAAUUAAAAAGGCCCGGAACAGGGCCCAAACCGGCCGGGCCGGUUCAUGAUUUGGGGGGCUGAGCCCGGACCGGAACCCACGCGGAUCGGGCCUACCCGGACCGGUCACUGACCGGGGCACCGGGCCGGGCCGGAAUAGUGCCGGUUCGGGCCGGUUCCGGGUCGGGUCAUCCGGCCCAAGUCCAGGCCUAUUUGCAAGGAAUGCCAAGGAAACAUGAUUAUAAUUUUAUACGGCUCUCCGCCUUGCGACUGGACAGUCUAUUUUAAAAGUGCUUUAGCUUGAAAACAUCUUCGAAAGCAAUUUGGAAGUCACUUGACAUUUCCAAACAUAUCUGCAUCCAACCAACGUUACAUCAUAACUGACAGUUCUAUUAUACUCUUGUCUAGUGGUGGACCCGGUUUGGGCCGCCUGGCCCGUCACUGUACGGGCCCGGAAUCGGCCCGGUUCUCGGGUCCGGGUCUGGUUCGGGCACCGAACCGGUGGGAGAAGCGGGUCCGGGCUCGGGUUCUGUUUUUAGUGGCCCGGCCCGGCCGGGUUGGGCCCGGGCCCGGGCCCGGGCCUAACGGUCAUUUUAAAUUUUUUUUUUUUUAAAUUUUAAAAAAUACAUUUUGGCUCAACAGCCACUUCCCAAACGGCUAUAUAGCCGUUGGGGGGUACCAGGGGGGGUCC